UUCUGGGUCAGGCUGUGGUUUGGAUUUACAGUAAGCCGUUGUGUUCCUCCACUCUUCCCUCCUCCUCCUCCUCGCGCCAAGCCCCGCCCCUCAGGGGCGCCGCGCGACGCUGCCGUUAGGAGGCGGGAGGAGCGGACGCCGCCUCAGCAGUCAGUCAGUCCACAGCUUCUGCGGGCGCGAGAGACAGAGGGAGAGCGAGCGCGCGCGCGUGUGGGAGAGAAAGGCUGGCUGACUGACUGACUGACUGGGCAGGGGAUACUCUCGACAGCAGCCCCCUUCCUUCCUUCUUUCCUUCGCUACUUCCUCCUUUCCUUCCUUCCCUGCCGUCCUUCCCUUCCUCCUCAGCCUCCCGCCGCCGCCGCCCUGGGGCCGGGCGGGCGAGCGGGGCCUGGCGGCGGCGCUUGGAUGCCUGGAGCCCGCGGCAGAGAGCCAGCCCCUCCGAGCCCGCCAUGGGCUGCUGCGGGAGCGCCGCCUCGCAGAGUUCCAAGCGAGAGUGGAAGCCCCUGGAGGAUCGAAGCUGCACAGAUAUCCCAUGGCUGCUACUAUUCAUUCUCUUUUGCAUUGGCAUGGGUCUUAUUUGUGGCUUUUCAAUAGCAACUGGAGCAGCUGCAAGAUUGGUUUCAGGAUAUGACAGUUAUGGAAAUAUCUGUGGACAGAAGAAUGUAAAAGUAGAAGGAAUAGAAAACAGUGGCUUAGACCUCACAGAAAAAAAGUAUGUGUUCUUUUUGGAACCCUGCAACGUAGACCUGGUAAAACGGAAGAUCAAAUCUAUAGCUCUCUGCGUGUCAGCAUGUCCACAGAGCGAACUGAAAACUUUGGCUGAUGUUCAGAAAUUCGCAGAUAUGAAUGGUUCUACUUUAUGUAGCUAUGAACUAAAGCCAUCUGAAUACACUACAGAUCCAAGGGCUGAUAAGCUUUGCCCCAAGCUCCCAGUUCCAGAGAGUGCACCUAUUCCAUUCUUCCAUCGCUGUGCUCCUGUGAACAUUUCCUGCUAUGCCAAGUUUGCAGAGGCCCUGAUCACCUUUGUCAGUGACAGUAGUGUCUUGCACAGGCUGAUUAGUGGAGUAAUGACCUGCAGAGAGAUUAUAUUGGGACUUUGCUUGUUAUCACUAGUGCUUUCCAUGAUUAUGAUGGUGAUAAUCAGAUAUAUCUCAAGAGUACUUGUUUGGAUCUUAACAAUACUUGUUGUACUAGGAUCACUAGGUGGCACAGGAGUAUUGUGGUGGCUGUAUGCUAAGCAGAAGACUCCCAGUGACACUCUUACUGUUGAUCAACUUCAAAUAGCCAAAGACAAUCGCCAGGCCCUCUUGAUCUAUGCCAUUGCAGCUACUGUCUUCACAGUUAUUUUACUGCUGAUAAUGUUAGUUAUGCGUAAACGAGUAUCUCUCACAAUUGCCUUGUUCCACGUGGCUGGAAAGGUCUUCAUUCACCUGCCACUGCUCGUCUUCCAGCCAUUUUGGACUUUUUUUGCCCUCAUGCUUUUCUGGGUAUAUUGGAUCACAGUCUUGCUCUUCCUAGGUACCACAGGUAGCCCGGUCAAAAAUGAGCAGGGCUUUGUGGAAUUCCGAGUUGCAGGCCCACUGAGGUAUAUGUGGUGGUAUCAUGUUGUGGGUUUAGUCUGGAUCAGUGAAUUUAUCCUUGCCUGUCAGCAGAUGACUGUAGCAGGAGCUGUUGUGACGUAUUAUUUUACAAGGGAAAAAAGAAAUUUGCCAUUCACACCUAUUUUGGCAUCUGUCAAUCGCUUGAUCUGUUACCACCUAGGGACUGUGGCGAAAGGGUCUUUCAUUAUUACCUUAGUGAAGAUUCCACGGAUGAUACUAAUGUAUAUUCAUACGCAAGUCAAAGGAAAAGAAAAUGCCUGUGCUCGAUGUAUUCUGAAAGCCUGCAUUUGCUGCCUUUGGUGUCUAGAAAAGUGCCUGACUUACUUAAAUCAGAAUGCAUACACAGCCACUGCUAUCAACAGCACCAACUUCUGCACCUCAGCAAAGGAUGCCUUUGUGAUACUAGUAGAGAAUGCUUUGCGAGUGGCUGCCAUAAAUACAGUGGGAGACUUCAUGCUCUUUCUUGGAAAGGUCCUAAUUGUUUGCAGCACAGGCUUGGCAGGGAUCAUGCUACUGAAUUACCAGCGAGACUACACAGUAUGGGUCCUGCCACUUAUCAUUGUCUGCCUGUUUGCAUUCUUGGUUGCUCACUGCUUCCUGUCGAUUUAUGAAAUGGUUGUGGAUGUCCUUUUCUUAUGUUUUGCCAUUGACACUAAAUAUAAUGAUGGCAGCCCAGGGAAGGAGUUUUAUAUGGACAAAGUUCUUAUGGAAUUUGUGGAGAACAGCAGAAAAGCAAUGAAAGAAGCUGGCAGGGGAGGUGGACCUGAAGGCAGGGAACUCAAACCAAUGGCUUCUGGAGCAAGUUCAUCUUGAAGCGAGCCAGCCAUUAUGGAAACCAUUGACAUUCCAAAACAAUAUCUAUCUUACCUAUCUAUCUCUAUAUAUAUCUAUAUAUAUAUAUAUAUUAUUUAAAAAGCAGCCAAAAUCAGAGAAAAGGAACAGGGAUUUAAUACUUUUUUAAUGAUUAUUUUUGUGAAACAUGUACUCUUUUCAUACGGGUGGCUUUUACAAGCAACUUUUAUCAUUGCUCCAUUUAAAAAUCUAAUCAUUGUGGUUUGUGCAAUGUUAUGAUUGUAAAAAGAUUGAGAUAUUUCAUAAUUUAGAGAAAGAUAACAUAAUAUUUGAAAGGUAUUGUGCAAGAAUGCAAAUUUGAAAUAACAAGUGGGUCAAAUCAUUUCCCCUCAUAGUUAUUUUUAAUGAGCAUAACUCUUUAAAACUCAAUGGAUAAUGACUGUUUAGAGGGGACAAAUCCUUCAUAAAUUUUCUUUUCUUUUUCAGAACGGAAAUGAAUAAUACAUUAAUCAUGUUAGGUUUUGCUUGCUCUUUUGCAGUGGGAUGCUAAUAGGAUUCUCAAAGUUCAGCCUAUUCAGUUUUUUUUCUCAUUAACACAUUUGACAAUUUAUAUCUAAUGCAUUAAAAAAUAACCUAACCAACUCCUCAGGUAUUUAGAUAUUGAGACAGCCCCUGAAUCUGUGAAGGACAAACUAAAGGCAUAUGAGGGAGGACAAGUUUUAUAUGCAACUUUUGUCCUGUGUUACUUUAGUUUUCCCUUUGAAUUUAAUAUUGUCCUUUGCACUCCAUUGUUCUUUUCGACUACGCAAAUUCUUUUAAAUAAGUGGAUGAAUAACAGGCAUCUAAAGCUCAGCCUUAGCUAUGCUCUGUUAUUAUUCAUCCAUGACUACAUGGAAAGAUGCUAGGAGUAAAGAGAGAAGCUGUACAACUAUACAAAAAAGUACUGUAAGUCAUUUGUUUGUUUUUUCUUUACUAUUGACAUCAUUUCUUGGUCAUGUUUCAUUAUAUGUUUUGUAAUUAAUGGAGUAUAGUGGGAAAGAGCAGGUAAAUAUCUUCUUAAAAUGUCACUGCCUUAGUAUCUAUCAUAGUUCUUAGAGCCUCUGUACAUUCAUGCUCAUAGUACCUGAGAGCCACAUGAAUACUUCAGAAGCUUCCAGAAAGCAAUAUUUGUGUCUUUCUUGUCUUUCCACACUUCUAGAGUGUAACUGUUUAAAGAAAAAAAUAGCAUAUCUAAUUAUUUUAAGAGUAAAGUGGAUUUUACAGUGGCCCAAAUUGUGUGUUGAAAUACCAGAUCCCUAUUAAGUAUGGGAGGGAGAUAUUUAAACUGCAUCAAGGGUGCAGGUCAGGCUGUAGAUUCUUCCUGCCCUCACAAUAUUUCCCCAUGCUUACAUCCUGUCAGGGGAAGGAGAGGUGGAAGAAAAAGUGUAGGUGACAAAAGCGUUGAGCAAUCUCUAGUCCCCAUGCAUGCUGCACUUUAAGCCCCCCCCCCCCCUUUCUAGUGCCUAAAAAUUUAAUUCAGCCCUAUUCAUAUACCCAGGCCAUUUCUAUUAUUUCCCCUUUGUGUUGUAAAAACACAUAGGAAUAUCAUUUAGGUCUCUUAAUUCAAAGAAUUAAAGUUCUUCAAUCAUGUUAAAUGUCCAUUCUGGAAAACAUUUCUUACUUUUGGGGUUCAGUAGCAAUAGAAGUUUUUAUCAUGUGAUGAGUGAUGAGUUUAAAAAUGAUAUUUGAUAUAUAGUAGAUAUUUUCAUCUAGUUGCACCUGGUAGGUGAUCUUGAAACGUUUAUGUGAGUGGUUCUCUUGGUAAUGGGCAGAUUAAUGCCCUAAUCUUGUAAGAUAGUGCUCAUUUUUGAUCUGGAAUGUUGUAAUUUAAUUGUGUACAAUGGAAUGAAAUGAAGCCUUUCAAUUUUCUACUCCUGGUUUGCUUUCAAGACUUGGUCUAGUGGUCAUUCAUUGAAAAUCUUAGUGCCCAUCAGUUAUCUCUGAAAUGAGAUGAGUUGAGAGCCUCUAGAUAGCCAAACUUCCAUAUAGUCAAGCAUUCUGAUUAAUUUGAGAUGGGAUUAAGUGGCUGUAUAGAUUUUAGACUACACCUACCAUAUCCAUAGGAAUUGCACUGUCAGGGCCCUCUGGAGCACCUCAGUAGCUAUAUCCAUUAGAGAGAGUGGUUGGAAAGAAUUCAGGAUGCUGGCUGAUUCUUUAUGUAGAUACCAUAGAACAACAGGUGAGGUAGUAAUGCUGUUCCAGGAAAGUACAACAUUAAAUUGCAGAUUGUUGAUGUAAGGAGUUUCAUACUGGAACACAUUGAUUACACACCCAAAAAAUCACUACAUAUGGAAAGCUGACUUGUUAAGUCGAUUGUUAUUGGAACCCUUCUCUCAGAUGUGGUAUACUAUUUUACAUGCAGGCUACAGUAGACCAUCACAUUCACUGAGGUUAGGCACAGAGGACCGCCAAAGAAACGGAUUAAAACCCCUAUUAAAACACUAUAAUUUUUACCUGAAAGAACAUUGUAGGCAUUUGUAGAUACUCCAAUACUCUGUUCAGAAGUUGGUCAUAGAAUCUUGUAGAAGGACAAACAUCUAGCAAAGCAUUCUCCCUAGGAAUCUAUAGGUCCUCUAGUGCAACUUUGUGGUCAGAAUUCAACGGAAAUUGACAUAGGGACUCCUAGAAAGAGUACAUUAAUCAAAUCCUCGAAUAAUCAAAUCUGUAAAAGUCAAACACACAAAUAUGGGAGGGGGUGACCUUUUAGGGGAAAAUGUUUAACUGUAAUGUUCCCACAUCCAAUGCCCUGAAGUAAUAUAGUUACCGAACAAUUUUGGUCAGUUCGUCUGUUAUUUGUGUAGGCAAGGCUAUUGAGCACAGCCUGUAGCCCUCCAGGUUUUGGAGUUUCAACUCCCACAAGCCCUGGGCAGCUUGUCCAACGGCCAGGAAUUGUGGGAGCUGAAGUCCAAAACACCCAGAGAGCCAUAAGUUUUGCAGGCUUGCUACAGUGUAUGGAUAAAUCAUAACAGCAGAAACACAAUUACCAUUGCUUUCCAGAAGGUUCCAAAGUUUGACAGGGCUUGGUUCCUAUCAGCAUGGAUGGUCCAGAGGCCUUUUGAAGAGCUUCAUUGCUGGCUGUUGGCUUUCGUUUUAUCCAGUAACAAGACCUUGUCCAUAUUUUGUGUGUUAAAUUCCUUUCUUCAUUCCUGAAACUUAAUUCAUAAUGAAUGCUAGUAUUCCAUUGUUUGGCUUCUUGUAAUGGUAAAUGCUUACAGUGUAAUUGCAGAGAAUAAUUUCAUGAUCUGUUUAUGCUAUAUAUUCCUUUUUGUUACAAUUUUUUUAAGAAAACUAUUUUUGUUAAUGUAAAGUUAAAUAUUUCAGAGCAGAAUUUUUAAACUUUAUUGCACUAAAUGCAAAUGUGGAAAAGAGAGAAGUAAUGCCUCAAUAGUUGGAUCACUCCUUAAGAAAAUCUUUUUGAAAAAGAGAGCUGUUGUUCUAGAUAAGCUUAGCUAAACGGUUGCAAAAAUGGGUGAAGAGACACCCACUAGAGUUGAAUGGCCACCAAUUUUUUGUUUUUUUCUGUUUUGAUUUUUUUUUAACAAAUGGCUGUUUUGAUUCUGUGCUUCCUUUAAAGAAUCAAAUUUUUAAAAAUUGCUGCUGAAGAAAACAUAGCAUUUUGUAAUUAAUUGGUGGUCUUUGCUGUCUAACUAAAUGCUUCAGUUUCAUUUUUUAUCAAUCAUCUGACAUCUAAAUCUUUUCAGACUACUUGCAAUAAAAUUCAGGACAGUUAAGAAAAAAGCAGAACCCUUUCUUUAUCAGUCACAGAAACCAAUUGUGGAAGUGCAUUUUAAGACUAGCAAACUAGAUUGGCCUCUGUUCCUGCUAGCACCUUCAUGUCACCUGUUGGACAUGACCAGCUUGAAUAGUGAUCCUUCAUUAGGUCUGUUGGUUGAAAUGCUUGUGUGUUAGCAGGAACCAAGGCAUUAGUCUAGGCUUAAACUAGAGCACUGCUUUAAAUCUCUUUCAAUGUAUAUAUUACAUGUUACUGUAAGAAUAUUUAGGAGGAGAGUUAAGAGGAGCCUUAAUUUGGGGAAGGAAGUACGGUGGCUCUCCCAUGAAACUGGACUUCAGACAGAGUCUGCUUAAGUCAAUGGGUUUGGCAACAAGAGAAAGAAACCUGGGCUCAACAGCUUGAAAACCACAGACGCUGGAUUCCAAAGCAAGGAAAGUGGUGGGUCACUUACUGUGGCUCCACUGAGGUUAAUUCCCAUUAACCUUAGUUUCAGAAAUCAUCCUUCAAGACAGGAGGCACAGAUUUGGCUCACUUCGAUAUCAUCAAAACUCCUGCUUUGCCAGGUUCCACAAGCUUGUGUUUCCUGCUUUCCCUUAGGAAGAGAGAUGAUUUUUGGUUUGAACUUGCAACUAGAAUUGUAAUCAGAAACAAAAAUUUUGUAUUUUUGUAUACCUUGAUUGUGCAGCAUUUUUAUAUACAGGUCCUGUUUUACAAAUAAAUUUGGUUUCUUAA